GAGAUAUAGCUUGAAACAUUCAUAAUACAUCAUGCUAUGAUUGCAUGGUUGAAUCAUCAGAUUUUUAGCUUGACUGAAUCUUGGGUUCUGGUACCCAGAAUAGCUUUUAUAUAAGUAGUAAUUUCACCACAGGAAGCUUACAUAUCUUGAGCUUAUUAUCCAAGAGGAAAACUUGGAAGAAAAAGAAAUGGGAAUGUACUUUCCCUUGUUGUGGUUAAUGAUAAUGAAGGUUUGGGUUGUCACUUCAACCCCAACCACUCUAAAUGAAACUUGCUUUGAUGGUGCCACUGCCACCUUCAUGUUGAGCUUUGGUUUGUACCAAGACAGCUGCCCGGAGGCCGAAGCCAUUGUCUUCGCUUGGGUCGAGAGGGUGGUUUCCGAGGACCCAAGAAUGGCUGCUUCCUUGCUUCGGCUCCAUUUCCAUGACUGCUUUGUCAAUGGAUGUGACGCAUCGGUGUUGCUGGACGACACGCCGAAUUUCGUGGGAGAGAAAACUGCAGGCCCCAACUUGAACUCAUUGAGGGGUUUUGAAGUGAUAGACUCAAUCAAAGCUGAUAUUGAAUUUGUGUGCCCUGGGACAGUGUCCUGCGCUGAUAUUCUCGCCAUUGCUGCCAGAGAUUCUGUCCUUCUGUCAGGUGGUCCAACAUGGGAAGUGGAAAUGGGGAGGAAAGACGGCAUUAGUGCUAGCAAAACAGCAGCAAAUAACAACAUUCCUGGACCCAAUUCUGAUGUUCCAACCUUAGUAUCCAAGUUCCAAAACCUUGGUCUCACCCUCCAAGACAUGGUUACUCUCUCCGGCGCACAUACAGUAGGUAAGGCGAGGUGUUUCACGUUCAACUCCAGGCUUAACGGCGGCAAUGGCAACACACCGGACAUCAAUGUCGAGUUUCUGCAGUCACUCCAGCAGCUGUGUUCUGUAUCCGACGUUAACGCCACACUGGCAGACCUCGAUGCCACAACCCCGGCAAAUUUCGACAACCAGUACUACCUCAACCUUCUUGCCGGCAAAGGUUUGCUCACUUCGGACCAGGUUCUGGCCACCGGCGAUGAUCAAACACGUGGAAUCGUCGAGUCAUACAUCGACGAUCCGACGCUGUUCUUCGAGAGCUUUAAGAGGUCAAUGAUGAAGAUGGGACGCUUGGCGCCAGGUGAUGAUGGAGAAGGUGGAGAGAUUCGUAGAAACUGUAGGGUUGUUAAUCAACUCAAUCUCUGACUCACUAUCAAGCUCUCAUGUAGUAUCAAAAUCACAACUCUAUUAUCAUCCUUUAUUUCUAUCUACCUAUAAGUGAAUCCUUUA